GUGGUUCGUUUCCAAGGUUGCAGACUUGUGUCUAUAAUUUUCUUCUCGAACAAUUAUUUUUGUCAGAGAAGAAAUUGAAAGAAAGAGAGAUUUCCACUGCGAUGCCCCUUCCAUUCUUCGCAAAUGUUCGGCAAAUUAUUGAAGAUACUCGCAGAGACUCGGAAUCUUUCGGUUUUUCAGAUUGAGGUCCUAGCGGAAAGCCUGGGAACUAAAAAUCCGAUAGCAAACAAAUAACCAUCGAGUUGUUCGUGAACGGACGUAAGCGCCUGAAGCUGUCCUUCUUGGCUAAAAAUAAAACGGGAAAUAGCAACAUCUGCUCAUGGACAAGGAACUGUUAGGUUAGAAGCGAAUUAUGGCCGAAGGAGGAGGUUGGCCGUGGUCCUCUCGCCGUCGAAGUCAUCGAGAACGUAACGAUAGAGAAGCGAAAGACAGCGACGAUUUGGAUCGCGACUUGUUGAGAGUUGUUCUAAGCGACUCAGAAGAUUUUGUCCCUGAGGACGUCAAAAGCACUUCAUCCGUUGCUUGCAGUUGUGCUUCAGAUUUUCAAGAGGAACAUUCCAGCUGCAAUUCAUCCAGUGAGAAAAGUUGUCCAAAUUUGAUCGAUCUUGACCCAGAGCUGCCUUCGAAUUCUCGUAGCUUACGAUGGUUAGCGAAAAAAGUUUCUCGACGUAGAAGUGCUAAAGAAUCUGCAAAAACUUCCGCUGAUAAGAAUCGUAAAAGUGACCGUGAUGAAAAUGGUCUUAGCUAUCACGCUCGUUGUCUGCAAGAAGCGAAACGGGUGAGAGAGAAAGCUGAGUUGGAAGCUUUGCAACGGAGAACAAAUCCUCAAGUGCGACGCCGGAGACCACUUAGUUUACUGGGUUCACGAUCAGCUGGGAAAGAUGGCGAUGGCGGGUUUCAAGGUGCAAGGAGAAGAAGAUUCUCGCUUUCGUGGGGGUUUCGAAGGGAAGAUUCAAAUACAGAAGUUGUGGGAGAUGGCUAUAAUGCAGCAGUUCAAACCCUCCGAUCCCCUUCACUUCCUCGUGAGGCAAAUCAAGACUGCAAUCAAUCCAAUGCUAUUAGCCUUGAAGAAUUUGAACGAAGGCGAAAGGAAAAGGCUCGUAUGAAAGCAGCCCAGCAUAAAUUGGAGUAUUUCCUUAUAAACGAUAUCGCAUCUAUCACGAAUUGCCCGUGGUACUGGGGAAAAAUUAAUAGAUUUGAGGCUGAAAAGGUGUUGGAAGGCCUUCCAGAUGGAACUUUUCUGCUGCGUGAUAGUGCACAAUAUCACUACCUGUUCUCUGUGAGUUUCCGCCGCUACUCUCGUACUUAUCAUGCACGGAUUGAACAGUGGAAACAUCGCUACAGCUUUGAUAAACCUAGUGAUUACUCCUUUCACUCCACAAGUGUUUGCCAGCUGUUACAGCAUUACUCUCGAGCUGAGCAGUGCAUGUACUAUGAACCUCUUUUGCUAAAGCCAUUGCAUAGGAGGAAUCCAGUUUCACUGCAAGAUCUGUGCCGUGCAGUGAUUAGCAGCCACACAACAUUUCAAGGAGUCAGUGAUCUUCCUCUGCCAAACACCCUUCAGAUUUUCUUGAGAGAGUUUCAUUACAAAGUUCCAGUGAAGAGGACUGAGGAGAAAAGUACCCAGACACUGGCACCAAGAAAGAGAUUUAGCUUCUCAUUCCAUAGAGACUAGGUUCUAACUUAAUCCUAAAGUCCCUAACAUCAGUUUGCAUAUUCUCCAUACUGUUCUUUACACAUUUCAUUUGGUACUGACCAGGAGAAUUUUUUUAACACAUAAGAUCUUUUCCCUAAUGACUUUAGCAUUCAAUUCAGCAGUGAUGUUCUUGUGAGAAAAUAGAUGCCUAUCACUCUUUGAGGUUAAAGGGUUCUGUUGGAUUGAAAAAAAAUCAGAAUAAAUUAGCAGCAAAGACUGCCAGUAAGGAAAUUUUCAUUUAACCAUACUCUUUAACAUGCUUUUGUUGGUUAAACCGGUCAAUUCUAGAAUUUUAAUGUAGAAUCAAUGGAAUUCUGGGGGUAAUAACAUGAGGACAUUAUUCUCUGAGCUCAAAUUUUUUAAAUCAUAUUUUCUUAUUUUAUCAUAUCCAUCAUGAAUUUUUCAUGGCAUUGAGGAAAUAAUACUAAUGAUAUUUGCAUGACACACUAUCUUUGAUCAGAGAUACUUUUUCUUUGGCAAAGCUAGUUUUUGUUUUUACUGUUCUAUCAUUUCCUAGGAGUUCUUUUGAGUGCUGCUUGGAGGGAGUUAAUGAUUCUCAGAUCUUUUGUUUAAAUAUUGAAUCAAUCAAAAAAAAAAAUUAUAUGAUAAGUGUCAGGUACAUAUGAAUUUAUACUCUAUUUUAAAGAUAAUUGUUAAAAAUAAAUCUUAUAACCCAGUUUAUGACAUGAAUGAUUUGAAACAAAAAAAUUGCUCUGGUAAAAUUCAAGAGCUUAAUUAUCCCUGUUUUGUUUCUAUGAAUAUUUGGACACCAAUAUUACAUUUACAAAACAAUUUACAAUUUAGUUGAAAAUAUAGCAAAGUGUAUGUUAAACUAUGAACUUUAAAAUGUUUUGAGAGAAUUUGUUAAUGUUUUUGGUCAUGUAGCACUUAGAUUUUUUUUACAUGCUUUACAUAUUUGCCUUAUUUACACUCCUUAAUCCAAAUGAUUACUUUGAGUCUAAAAUCAGACAAUUUAGCUAUUGAGCAGUACUUUCUAGAAGUGCUAUUGUAGAAUAUGUUGUAAACAGUGGGUGUAACUUAAAAUUUGCAGUUCAAAACCUUGGUGUUUCACAUUGAGAUGACUGCUACAGGACUUACCAUUGUCCUCUAUAUUGGGAAGACACAUACAAAACUUAUCAAAAACUGUUCUUUGGAAUGCUUAUGUGGAAAACUUCCCUGUGGAAGAACUGCUCAAAAGCUUUUUGUUGUGAUGUUUGCAAUUUCCCUUUUGGGGCUUUAUCUAGCAAAAACUGUAUUUAUUUUUAGUUGCAAUUAUUUUUCUCUUUAUGGCUGAUUUUCAGUCCACUUACUAUAUUCUGAAGUGCAAAUAUUUAUGUUAGUCAUUUAUUUUUGAGUGAACAAAGAGGUGGAAGAGUAGAGGUUUCCGUUGUGAACUUGAUUCUCAGGCAAUGAGACAUGGCUGUUGAUCUCAAUUGAUAUUUGGGAUUUAAAUUUUGAAGUCAUUCAAACUUAAAAGAAGCAAAAAAUACUACUGCGCAUUAUUUAGAAAAGUGCAGAGAUGCAGGAAUGAGUCAAUUUUGCCACAAACUUAUCACUGGCACCUUUGACAAGCAUAUCAGAGAUUCCUCACAGUUAGUUAUUUUUAGCAUAUUAGCUAUAUACAUUUGUUAGAUAGUGUUAUCCCAAAGGGUUAGUUUAAAUUAUUAAAUGAAAUUUGUUAAAUUA